CAGCUGCAAGGAGCUCAUAUAUGGCAGGUGCUUUACAUCCAACUGGAUGUGUAGGAGAUAUAAAUAUCUGAAAGUGGCCGUAUUUCGGACAAAGUCCCGAGAGAGAGAGAGAAGGGAAAGGACAGAAGACUACACAUAAAAGAGCUUCAAUUGAAAUAUAAAAUUCUUAGGAGACAGCUACUUCAGAUUAAGAUGUACUCAGAGGAUGUAGGAAAAGAAGUUUAUCCAUUCAUCGGCUCUCCUCUCCAACAGCGAGAGAAAUGGCUUCUUGGAACUCAGUUCCGCUGGAAAUCACGUACCAGGUUCUGGGAUGGACUUCUUUCUUGUCAUGGACCAUGGGUUUCUACCCACAAGUCAUCUUGAAUUUCCGCAGGAAAAGUGUGGUGGGGAUGAGCUUCGAUUUUGUGGUGCUGAAUUUCACGAAGCACUCCUCGUAUCUGAUAUACAACGCGUCCCUCUUCUUUAGCCCCACUAUUCAGAAGCAGUACUACGAAAAGUACGGCUAUGGAGAGAUGAUACCUGUAGCUGCGAACGAUGUUGCUUUUUCUACCCACGCCGUUCUUGUGACAACACUUCUCUUGUUCCAAAUUGUAAUUUAUGAACGCGGAAGUCAGAAGGUUUCCAAGAUAGCUAUUGCAAUUAUCUCUGCUGUGUGGCUAUUUGCUGCUGCUUGUUUUUUCAUAGCUUUGCCAAGUCAUUCCUGGCUUUGGCUAAUCUCCACCUUUAACUCAAUUCAAGUUUUUAUGACAGUCAUCAAAUAUAUUCCCCAGGUGUUUAUGAAUUUUAAGCGCAAAAGCACAGAUGGAUUCAGUAUUGGCUAUUUUUUACUCGAUAUUUUUGGAGCGUUGACAAGUUUCUUGCAGAUGGCUGUGCAGUCUAUAGAUCAAGGUUCUUUGGUGAACUUUUAUGGAAACAAAGGGAAGGUGCUGUUGUCUCUGGUAUCCAUGUCCUUUGACAUUAUAUUCAUGUGCCAACGUUUUGUGCUCUAUCCUGUGGAGCAACCUCAAGUCUCUCCCAAACUCAAGGAGGAAAGCAGAGAGCCGCUUGUUAAGUGUCCUGAUCGCCCGCACUCAGAAAAUGUAUAAAGCUUCGCUCUGUUCAUAUAAAUCCAUAUAUUUGAGGCCCGUUGGGCUAAACAUUUCAUGGCACGUAAAGUACCACUCAUCCAUAUCAAAAUGAAUCUGAUCCGUUGAAAAACACA